AGUCAAAAAAACGGCGCGUUGUUGACAGUAAUUUUUGUGCGUUCUGUUAUUACUUACUCAUUUGUUUGUAAUUUGUUUAUUAGUAGAAGUAUAUUGUAAUUGAAAAGCUGUUUCUAACGCGGUAAUUGUAAAAUUCAAGAUAUAAAAUGAGUUUCACAUUCGGCCAACCGACUACUACAGCGGGCGGCAGUUUUGGUACUUCUCCAGCGCAAGGCUCGCUAUUUGGAGGAGGAGAUGCAACCAAAGCGUUUCAGUCGCCUACAGAGAAUAAGGGUGGUCUGUUCGGGGGUGCAGCAACAAGUACACCAGCUUUCGGAAGCUUUGCUUUCGGUGCUAAGACUACAACCACUACAUCUGGUUUGUUUUCUACUCCAGCUCAAAGCACACCAGCAUUUGGUGGUAGCAAACCCUUAAACUUCAGUUUCUCGUCACCACCCAAUCAAAACGUAGGCAGCCCAGCUUUUGGUCAACCAGCCAAUCAGAAUGCAGCCCAAAAUUUGUCUUUCGGUGCCAACACACAAGCACAAAGCACUCCGGCUUUUGGUGCUGCGGCCACUACUACACAAGCAUCCAGCGGAAUAUCGUUUGGUACACCAGCAGCCACAACUGGUGCUGGUUUUGGCUUCGCUAAAACUACAGCAUCCACGUUCAGUUUCAACACACCAACUUCGGGAUUCUCUGCUCCACAACCAACUGUAACAACAACACAAGCUACUCAAGGCACGCCUAACUUUGCUACUGGCUCAGCUUUCGGACAGAAUGCCUUCGGGAAUAAAAGUAGUUUUAGUUUCGGUGGUAGCACCGCAGCGGCUACUACUACUGCGCCAGCCUUCGGUACCACCAGCCAGCCUAGUUCACAAGCGAAUGUAUCAUUCUUCGGCAAACCGCAAGCAACACAAAACCAAACCGGUUUCGGCUUAACACAGCAGCCAGCACAAACCCAGCAACAACAAAACACCGGUUUCGGUUUGACAUCACAACCGCAGACUUCACAAAGCGGUUUUGGGUUGACCUCACAGCCCCAAACUGCGCUGAAUACCGGUUUCGGUUUAACAUCCCAGGCUCAAGCAACGCAAAAUACCGGGUUUGGAAUGACUUCACAGCCGCAAACAACACAGAAUACCGGUUUUGGUUUGACUUCGCAACCGCAAACCACACAGAAUACCGGUUUUGGUUUAACUUCCCAACCCCAACAAACAACUCAACCCAGUUUCGGGUUAACGUCACAGCCGCAAACGCAAAAUACUGGUUUCGGAGUGACGUCACAAGCUCAAACCCCUGCAUUCGGCGUUAAAACGACGCAAGCUACCGGUUUCAGUGCACAAACCGGUUUCACGAGUCAAGCAUCCACCAGUUUAGGUUCAAAUACUACCACUGCAGCUUUAGGAACUGCAACACCAAGUUUGGGCCAAGGUGCCCCAAAUAUAAAUUUUGGGGGCACAUCCACUGGUCUCACUUUAGGCACCAGCUCGGCGCCAAAUUCAGGCAAUACGGGGCUCAACUUAGGUACUAAUACCUCUACAGGACUAAACCUAGGCGCCACUUCAACAGGACUAGGAACUAGUACCUCUGGUGGUCUGAAUUUAGGCACAAGUACAUCUAGUGGUCUGAAUUUAGGCACAAGUACAUCUAGUGGUCUGAAUUUAGGCACAAGUACUUCUAGCGGUCUGAAUUUAGGCACAAAUACGUCUACGGGUCUUAAUUUAGGCACAAGCACUUCUAGCGGUCUGAAUUUAGGCACUACAUCGUCUUCAGGGUUAAAUCUAGGUACUACGACAUCUACAGGACUCAAUAUAGGCACUAGUGCGUCUACAGGACUAGCUUUGGGCACUAGUGCUUCAGGAAUAGGAUUUAGUACUGCAACUACUGCCCUUGGUUUUGGGAAACCUAGUACUGCGGCUACGUCUGUUGUUUCUACAACAACUCCAUCUGGCAUAACAGCUCUCGGCAAAUCUACAGCUUCGACAAUGCCAUCUCUGGCUACCACCACUACCACUACCACCACUGUAACAGCGCCCCCACAAGUUAUAUCCGCCAUCACGUUCUCUCAACUAGAAGAGAACAUAAACAAAUGGACCCUUGAGUUGGAGGAACAAGAGAAGACAUUUAUCAAUCAAGCGACUCAGAUAAAUGCUUGGGAUCGGCUACUAAUUGCUAACGGGGAGAAGAUAGUGGAACUAAACGAGGCGGUGGAAACGGUAAAAAGCGAGCAGCAGAGUCUCGAGCACGAGUUGGACUUUGUGCUCGGUCAGCAGAACGAGCUGGAGGAGUUGCUGGCUCCGCUUGAGAAGCAGCUCGGAGACGGAGAGAGAGUUAGAGACCCGGAGAGAGAGCACAUGUAUUCUCUGGCUGAAAAUUUGGACAGUCAACUGAGACAGAUGUCGGAGGAUCUUAAGGAAGUUAUAGAACAUUUGAAUGAGACGAAUCGCAGCCAAGACAGUAACGAUCCUAUCGUACAAAUCGGGCGAAUCCUAAACGCACACAUGUCUUCAAUGCAAUGGAUAGAUAACUCAAUAGCGCAGAUUUCGACUAAACUCGACCACCUCAAAGCAACUCACGAUACCUUAAGGAGAGAUAACGAGAGAUCCUUCCAAUUGACUUAUAGCUAAAUAUUAGUUUUGAAGAUAAAAAAUUAAACAGGUUUGCAAAAAUUUGUCCAGUAUGUGUGGAAAUAAAA